AAUGGUAGACAGCGAAGUGUGACGCCAGGGACAUGGCGGCCGUGAUCGGACAGCCCCGGGACGUGUCGGGCGGUCGGCUAACUUCGGUCAGGACAAGGCAAGAGAAACAGCUGUUUCAGUAGUGUUCGUAUCCAAGACUCAGCGAGGCCAGCCCUUGGGUAGAGAGCACGUCACUGCCAUGGCUUACCACUCGGGAUAUGGAGUCCACGGUUCCAAGCACAGGACCCGGGCAGCUCCAGAUCCUCCUCCACUCUUCGAUGACACAAGUGGUGGUUAUUCCAGCCAACUAGGCGGAUACCCAGCCCCAGGAGCUGAUGUGGCUUUCAGUGUCAACAACCUGCUUGGAGACCCAGUGGCCAAUAUGGCUAUGGCCUAUGGCAGCUCCAUAGCAUCCCAAGGGAAGGACAUGGUGCACAAAGAGCUCAACCGUUUUGUGUCUGUGAACAAACUCAAGUAUUUUUUUGCUGUGGACACAGCCUAUGUAGCUAAGAAGCUAGGGCUGUUGGUCUUCCCAUACACACAUCAGAACUGGAAAAUGCAGUACAGUCACGAUGUGCCUCUGCCCCCACGGAAAGACCUCAAUGCUCCUGACCUCUAUAUCCCCACCAUGGCCUUCAUCACGUAUGUGCUGCUGGCUGGGAUGGCGUUAGGCAUUCAGCAAAGGUUCUCCCCAGAGGUUUUGGGCUUGUGUGCAAGCACAGCACUGGUGUGGGUGUUAAUGGAGGUGUUGGCUCUACUUCUGGGCCUGUACCUGGCCACCGUACGCAGUGAACUGAGUACCUUCCACCUCUUGGCUUACAGCGGUUACAAAUACGUGGGGAUGAUCCUCAGCGUGCUGACAGGGCUGCUCUUCGGCAGUGAUGGCUAUUAUGUGGCCCUGGCCUGGACAUCAUCUGCGCUUAUGUACUUCAUUGUACGUUCUUUGCGGACUGCAGCUUCAGGCCCUGACAGCAUGGGGGGCCCAGCCCCUCGGCAGCAUCUCCAGCUCUACCUGACCCUGGGAGCAGCUGCCUUCCAACCCCUCAUCAUAUACUGGCUGACCUUCCAGCUGGUCCGGUGAUUCCCUGCUCCUUCGGUGGCACUGAUUUUUCCAUACAUUGAAGAUUUGGUUUCCUUAA